AAAAACAAAACAAAAAAACCCACAUAACGUUUAAACUCUCAUUAUCUAACGGUUCCGCCCGCCACGUUAGACGUUAGAGGGAAAAACAAGCGAUUAAACAGCUUGUUUGUAUAUUUAGAAUAAAAAAACAGCUCUUAAUCCACUUUCAUUCAUUCUGAUAGUAAUAAUUAUGUUUCUGUAACGUACGGUGGACGUGACGUGCGUCACAGGCGUUGGUGAACAGGACGUUCAACCGUUUAAGUUGACAAAAAAAAAAAUCCCUUUAUUUGUGACAAUCACUACACAUUGGUCGUGUUAUGUUACAUCAGUGUUUACUGAGGGGUGAUUACUGAGCUCGUCGGUUAGCAAACGCCACCGACAGUUAGCGGAUGUUCCCUUCAGGGCGCACGGACUUGUGGGUAAUGUAAGGUGCAGGCAGCACAACACGCUGGAAAGAAAAAAAUAGCUUCCGCAGUUCCGUCAGCUGGCGAGGUUAAAUGUUUUGUAAGUGUACACUGUUGGCAUGUUGAACGCUUGUUUCUGUCGUGUUCCGCAAGUGUAACAAGGUAACUACGCCGGCAGCUGCUCGCCCAGUCCGUAGAGAACAUGAGUCUGAACGAGCAUUCACUGCAAGCCCUGUCCUGGAGAAAGCUGUACCUGAGUCGAGCCAAGCUGAAGGCUUCUAGCCGGACAUCAGCUCUACUUUCGGGAUUUGCUAUGGUGGCUAUGGUGGAAGUGCAACUGGACAACAGCUAUCCCUACCCACCUGCUCUCCUUAUUGCCUUCAGUGCCUGCACCACCGUGCUUGUGGCCGUUCACCUGUUCGCUCUCAUGGUCAGCACCUGCAUUUUGCCCAACAUCGAGGCUGUCAGCAACGUCCACAACCUCAACUCGGUGAAGGAGUCUCCACACGAGCGAAUGCACCCACACAUUGAACUGGCGUGGGCCUUCUCUACAGUAAUUGGUACUUUGCUCUUCCUGGCCGAGGUGGUUCUACUCUGCUGGGUUAAAUUUUUGCCUAUUAAGCCCGACAAGUCGAGCAAUAAUACCAUUUCAUCUGGUGUGGCAGCUGCUAUUACCUCCACCUCUAUUAUGGUCCCCUUCGGUUUGGUCUUCAUAGUCUUCGCUGUGCAUUUCUACCGCUCCUUGGUCAGCCACAAGACUGACAGACAGUUUCAGGAGCUGGAGGAGCUAUCUAAUCUCACCAGGCUACAGAACGAGCUGGACAACAGAGGGGAAUCUUCCAUCUUGCAGUCUCCGAGCUCACAUUUCCCAUAGACAAGUGGUGGAUACACAUCUAUGGUGGAACUCUGACCCCCUCGGGAUUUCUCUAAGCCAGAUGCCACAUUAGUGGCUUCUAAUUUUUUUUUUUUACAGGAAUGAAGAUGUCUCACCUCUUUUUGUUGUUUGAAAUUUACUUUUGUUUGUAUUUUUUAGAAAACGUGAUCAACUGUGAACUCACAAACAAAUCUGCCAUAGUGCAUGUAACUUGAAAAUUGGAAAGUCUUAACUGUGAUAGCUGCUUGAUUUAUCUCUUACAUUGUGGCAAAGACAUUUGAACAAUAACUUGGAAUCCUGUCUGUUGCCUGCUGCAUUUAGUCAUCCGGUAGUCAGUGAACACUGUUUAUAUAUUACUUUGUUGUGUUUUUUAAACCACAAGUAUUUAACCCUCCUUCUUCACAUGUUUUCUUGUCCUGUUCACCAUUUGCAAUUGUAAUCCCUGCUGUUUGUGUAGACUGACUCAACAGCUGCCAAACUACAGUGUUAUAUCUGUAGCACAGUAUGUGGUGUUAAAAUAAACACGUUUUUACCAAGUGGCA